UAGAAGGGGGUGUAGGGAGGGGCGAGGUUUUGGUGAAGUGGGAAGGGCUGUGUGAGGGUUGGUGAAGUGUUGCAGACUGACGAGAUUGCAUUUAACUGGGGUCACACUGAGGAUGAAUUUGGGUAUGGUGGAUGAGUUGAGAGAGAGCAUUGCUGAGUGGGUAUUGGUUCGUCCUGGGGAUAGGUUCAUGAAGCGGGUACAAUUUCUUUGAUGGGAUAGAAGUAUCAGGCUGAAUCCUAAUGUUGGCGUAGGAUAGCGGUUUGCUGGCCCUUUGGUAAAUGAAACAUUAAGAAAACGGAAGGAUGGGUUAGUUAAGUUUGGGAGACUUUCUAAGGUAGCAGAAAAGACUUUAAUGGGGAGGGAAUGGGAGAGAGGCUGCUUGUAAUUUGCAAAAGUAUAUUAGAACAUUUCAUCGGGACAGGUGAUGCAGAAUUAGGGGAAGGCUGCAGCUGUGGAGGUGGGCAGCAAUGGGAAAUAGGUCUGGGUACUAUAAUUUGAUGGACUGUGUCCUCAGGCUUCAUUGUACCAAGAAAGGUGUUUUGGAGACUUUAAUUUUCAUAGGCUGGGGUUGUUAGGAGUAAAGUUGAGCCAAGUCUUGAAGGUGUGGCAGGAACAGGGAGAACCCAGAGUGGCCCUUGGAAGAAACAUGGAGGCUUGCUACUGUGGGCAAGGACGUUUGGUAUUUUUUUAAAUUUGGUAGCACUUUGGGUUGGGCACAGUUCAGGGAGUGAAGGGAAUUGGCAGGGUAAAGACAGAAGAAGGCCAUAUUAGUGACCUAUGCACCAUGGAGGAGUUUGAACACUUGUGGUUGGGAGAGAAUGUUGAUGUGAGAGUAGUUAUGAAGGGGCAGUGAUAAAGAAUCACACUUGUCAGAAAUAGCUAAAGAGACUCAGGGAACAAAGUACACUUGGGGUGGAGAGACCAGGAAAUUCAAGUAAAGAGAGGAUGGGCAGAAUUGUAUGGCCAAGAGGUAGAAGUAACAAAUGGAACUUAGUUGUAUUACUUCUUUGUAUUCCAAUAGAGUGUGUGCAUGUGCAUACACACACAUGUAAAUGUAUGCAUACACAUUUUGUGCAUGUGAUGCAUACAAGCGUGCAUACAUCCAGAGGCCAAGGCAGGACACAGAAUGUCUUCCUCUAUCCCUUUACUACCUUAUUGCUUUAACAUAAAGUCUCUUAAGAAGUGGAAGCUGGCCUUUUUGCUAGGCUGGCCGGUCUGCCAUCAAGCUCUUAGAGGCUGCCUGUCUUUGCUGGGAUUACAGGCAAUCUAAACUGUGCGCAGCUUUUCACAUGGGUACUGGGGAUACGAACUCAGGUCUUCAUGCUUUCCGUGCUGUGCACAAUGAGCCCUCUACCCAGCCCCAAUAAAGUAUAUUUUAGAAAGUACAUCCUUCCUCAUACUAGCUCACCCUUAAUUUUCUGAUGUAACUCUAAAACAUUUGAUUGCUUGCUUAUUAGAAAUUAAUUAUACAUGUAGCAGAAUAAAUGUGAGCUGUUCUGUUUUUAAGAAGUAAUGAGUAAGGAACCUGUAAUCUUUGGUUAUCUUUGGCUUCUGAGGUCAGCCCAGGUAGUAGGUAAGACCCAGUGUUUAAAUAAACAAACCAGGAAAUAAGGAAGGAAAUUGUUAACUUAAAGGAGGGAUUUAGGUGUGACAGGGUCAGCUGAACUUUUACCUUUUGGCUGCACCUGGACCUCUGUGUUUUGUCUUAAGGACUAAUGAACUACUUGUGGAAACAGGUGGAAGCUCUCUGAGGUCUUGAUUUCCUAAAGAUGUCUUUCACUUGAAGAGAGCAGUCUUUCCCAUUGGUGAGCUAAGAGCCAUCAGCAUUGCCUGGCAGUCAGUCAGUCCUCUUUCGACUCUGAAGGAUGGUUAUCUCUACGCUGUUGCCUGACAUGGGCUGGGAUCCUCUGCCCGUGUGUUGAAUUGUGACUUUCGAAUGUGCAGGUUGUGUUAAGUACAAGGUGAACCUCUAUGGGUAACGUCUGUGUUGGAGAAGCCAUUUGUCAACCAUGGUAAAACUUGCAAACCCACUUUACACAGAGUGGAUUCUUGAAGCAGUGCAGAAAAUCAAGAAGCAGAAGCAGCGGCCCUCCGAAGAGAGGAUCUGCCAUGCGGUCAGCACAUCCCAUGGGUUGGACAAGAAAACCGUCUCGGAGCAGCUGGAACUCAGUGUUCAGGAUGGCUCUGUUCUCAAAGUCACCAACAAAGGCCUUGCUUCAUAUAAGGACCCGGACCAUCCUGGGCGCUUUUCAUCAGUUAAACCAGGCACUUUCCCCAAGCCAACCAAGGGGCCCAAAGGACCACCAUGUAAUGAUCUACGCAAUGUGGAUUGGAAUAAACUUUUAAAGAGAGCAAUCGAAGGCCUUGAGGAGCCAAGUGGCUCCUCCUUGAAGAGCAUCGAGAAGUAUCUGAGAAGCCAGAGUGAUCUUACAGGCACCACCGACCACCCAGCCUUUCAGCAGAGGUUGCGACUAGGGGCCAAGCGUGCUGUGAACAAUGGGAGGUUACUGAAGGAUGGACCACAGUACAGGGUCAAUACUGGGAGCUCAGAUGGCAGAGGGGCACCCCAGUACCCCAGUGCUUUUCCAUCCUCACUCCCGCCUGUCAGCCUUCUACCCCAUGAGAAAGACCAGCCCCGUGCCGAUCCCAUUCCAAUAUGUAGCUUCUGUUUGGGGACUAAAGAGUCGAAUCGUGAAAAGAAACCAGAAGAACUCGUGUCUUGUGCAGACUGUGGCAGUAGUGGACACCCAUCCUGUUUGAAAUUUUGUCCUGAAUUAACCGCAAAUGUGAAGGCCUUGAGGUGGCAGUGCAUCGAGUGCAAGACGUGCAGCGCAUGUCGAGUCCAGGGCAAAAAUGCAGACAACAUGCUUUUUUGUGAUUCCUGUGAUAGAGGAUUCCAUAUGGAGUGCUGUGACCCACCACUUUCCAGAAUGCCAAAAGGGAUGUGGAUUUGCCAAGUCUGCAGACCAAAGAAAAAGGGAAGAAAACUACUUCAUGAGAAAGCUGCACAAAUAAAACGACGAUAUGCAAAACCCAUUGGACGACCGAAAAAUAAAUUAAAGCAACGAUUGUUGUCUGUAACCAGUGAUGAAGGAUCCGUGAAUGCAUUCACAGGAAGGGGGUCACCUGGUAGGGGUCAAAAGACUAAAGUCUGUACCACACCUUCAUCUGGUCAUGCUGCGUCUGGGAAGGACUCAAGCAGCAGAUUGGCUGUUACAGACCCCACCCGGCCUGGUGCCACCACCAAAACCACCACCUCCUCCACCUACAUUUCUGCCUCUACACUUAAAGUUAACAAGAAAACCAAAGGGCUCAUUGAUGGCCUUACUAAGUUUUUUACACCAUCACCUGAUGGUCGCAGAUCACGAGGGGAAAUAAUAGACUUUUCAAAGCACUAUCGUCCAAGGAAAAAGGUCUCUCAGAAACAGUCAUGCACUUCUCAUAUGUUGGCUACAGGUACCACACAAAAGCUAAAACCUCCACCUUCUGCACUUCCGCCCCCCGCCCCCAUCUCUGGUCAGAGCCCCAGUUCACAAAAGUCCAGCACUUCCACCUCUUCUGCCCCCACCCAGAGCUCCUCCAGCCGGUCCAGUGAGCCCUCUUUUAGCAGCCUAAUUAACAGCAGCCAGCUGAAGGCACUCUUUGAUGGACUUUCUCAUAUCUAUACCACUCAGGGACAGUCUCGAAAAAAGGGACACCCAAGUUAUGCACCACCCAAACGCAUGCGUCGUAAAACCGAAUUCUCUUCCACGGCAAAAGCUAAAGCCUGUUUCUUUGGAAAAAGAGAUUUUAGGAGCAGGUUUCUCUCUCACUCCUCCUGUAGCUGGGGGAUGACUAGAGGACAUAUUUUUAAAGCCAUUGCUCACUUCAAGCGAACAACUUUUCUUAAAAAGCACAGGAUGCUAGGCAGAUUAAAAUAUAAAGUGACCCCUCAGAUGGGGACCCCGUCACCAGGGAAGGGGAGCUUGGCAGACGGAAGGAUUAACCCUGAUCAGGAUAAUGAUACUGAAAUUAAAAUAAGCAUCAAACAAGAAAGUAUGGAUGUAAAUGUGAUGGGAAACAAGGAUCUCGUGACGGAAGAGGAUCUGGACGUGUUUAAGCAGGCCCAAGAGCUGUCUUGGGAGAAAAUAGAGUGUGAAAGUGGAGUGGAAGACUGUGGUCGGUACCCUUCAGUAAUAGAGUUCGGAAAAUACGAAAUCCAAACCUGGUACUCCUCGCCUUACCCACAGGAAUAUGCAAGAUUACCAAAGCUUUACCUGUGUGAAUUCUGUCUUAAAUAUAUGAAGAGUAAAAAUAUUUUGCUAAGACACUCAAAGAAGUGUGGAUGGUUUCAUCCUCCAGCAAAUGAAAUUUACCGAAGGAAAGACCUUUCAGUAUUUGAGGUUGAUGGGAAUAUGAGCAAAAUUUAUUGCCAAAACCUUUGCUUGUUAGCCAAGCUCUUCCUGGACCACAAAACAUUGUAUUAUGAUGUCGAGCCAUUCCUUUUUUAUGUCCUUACAAAAAACGAUGAAAAAGGCUGUCAUCUGGUUGGAUACUUCUCUAAGGAAAAGCUCUGCCAGCAGAAGUAUAACGUGUCCUGCAUAAUGAUCAUGCCCCAGCACCAAAGGCAAGGAUUUGGACGCUUUCUCAUUGAUUUCAGCUAUUUGCUUUCUCGAAGAGAAGGCCAAGCGGGGUCUCCUGAAAAGCCGCUGUCUGACCUAGGCCGGCUGUCCUACCUGGCCUACUGGAAAAGCGUCAUCUUGGAGUACCUCUACCGCCACCACGAGAGGCACAUCAGCAUCAAAGCCAUCAGCAGAGCCACAGGCAUGUGCCCACAUGACAUUGCCACCACUCUGCAGUACCUGCACAUGAUCGACAGGAGAGACGGCAGGUUUGUCAUCAUUAGAAGGGAAAAGUUGAUAUUGGGCCACAUGGAAAAGCUGAAGAACUGUUCCCGACCCAAUGAAGUUGACCCGGAGAGUCUCCGAUGGACCCCAAUUUUAAUUUCUAAUGCCGUAGUUUCUGAAGAAGAGCGGGAGGCUGAAAAGGAGGCUGAACGACUGAUGGAACAAGCCAGCUGCUGGGAGAAGGAGGAGCAAGAGAACCUGUCAUCUAGAGUUACCAGCAGGCAGUCAUCUGCAAAAGUACAAUCAAAAAACAAGUACCUGCACUCUCCCGAGAGGCGGCCAGUGGCCGGGGAGCGAGGACAGCUGUUAGGGCUGUCCAAAGAGAGCAGUGAGGAGGAGGAGGAGGAGGAAGACGAUGAGGAUGAGGAGGAAGAGGAGGAGGAAGAAGAGAGCAUUCCGACAUCUCCCCCACGGUUGACUAAGCCACAGUCGGUCUCCAUCAAGAGAAAGAGGCCUUUUGUAGUAAAGAAGAAAAGGGGUCGUAAACGCAGGAGGAUCAACAGCAGUGUGACAACCGAGACCAUCUCCGAGACUACAGAAGUGCUAAAUGAACCCUUCGACAACUCAGAUGAAGAGCGGCCCAUGCCAAGGCUGGAGCCUACCUGUGAGAUCCAAGUGGAGGAGGCGGGCAGGAAGCCAGUUCUGAGAAAAGCCUUCCAGCAUCAGCCAGGGAAGAAGAGGCAGACAGAGGAAGGGGACGGAAAAGACAAUCAUUUCUUCAAGAACGCUGCCCUUUGUAGAAACGAUGUGGAUGAUGACGCAGAACACUUGGAAGAAGGCAGCAGAGACAGUGCAGAGCCUCUGAAGUGCAGACAAGUGUGGCCGAAAGCAGCGAAGCGAGGCCUCUCCAAGUGGAGGCAAAGCAAGGAGAGGAGGCCGGGGCUCAAGCUGAAUCUGUGCACCCCACCCGAGACACCCAUGGAGCCGGAGGGCCUGACGAAGGUGGUCAAAGAGCAGAAGGGAAUUUCAGAGGACAAGGGCAGCCCCGUGGGCGAGGAUCGGGAGGUGACAGAGACUGAGGAAGCCCUGCUGCCUCAGGAUGGGAACGGAAGGGAAGAGACAGGCACACCUGUGAGUCCACAUAAAUCACCAGGUGGAAAGGCAGACGAGGAGGACCUCAUCAAAGGGGAGGAGGAGGAGGAGGAAGAGGGAACUACAGAGAAAGACCCAGAUGGUGCUAAAAGUAAAGAGAAAGCUGAAGCAGAAAUCUCCAUGGAAAAGGAAGACGCGGUGCAUUUGGAUGACCAUGAGGAGGACGAGGACGAGGAGGAAGAGCCGUCUCACAAUGAGGACCAUGAUGCGGAUGAUGAAGACGACGGUCACAUGGAGGCUACCAACGUGGACAGGGGAGACCUCCCAAAAGAAGCCUUCAAGGACGCACUAGAGGGUCAGGAGGCUUUUUUAGGCCUUAGCAUUCAGCCUAGUCACUCUGACCCUGAGGGCCUGGUGAACUGCGGUGGUGAUCUGGCAGUGUCGUGUGGCAGUGAGCCGAAGGAGCUUGCUGGGGACGCUGGCACCGCACCUGAGUCCGACUCGGAGCUCCCGGAAGAACAGACACAGGAGCAGGACCAAGAGAAGAGCAAUGGUGCGGAUACAGAGCUCAAGGACGGAGGCACAGCCACCGUGGAAAUCGACUCUGAGACCGUCCAGGCUGUUCAGUCUUUGACCCAAGAAAACAGGGAGCAGGAUGACACCUUUCAAGAUUGUGCUGAGACUCAAGAGGCCUGUAGAAGCCUGCAGAACUAUACACACACAGACCAAAGUCCUCAAAUUGCCACCACGCUGGACGAGUGCCAACAGUCAGACCACAGUAGCCCGGUUUCAUCUGUCCAUUCCCAUCCUGGCCAGUCAGUUCGUUCUGUCAAUAGCCCCAGUGUCCCUGCCCUAGAGAAUAGCUAUGCCCAAAUCAGCCCUGAUCAGACUGCCAUCACAGUGCCACCUCUGCAGAACAUGGAGACCAGUCCAAUGAUGGACGUCCCGUCAGUGUCCGAUCACUCACAGCAAGUUGUUGACAGUGGGUUCAGUGACCUGGGCAGUAUUGAGAGCACAACAGAGAACUAUGAGAACCCCAGCAGCUACGACUCGACCAUGGGAGGCAGCAUCUGUGGAAACAGCUCCUCCCAGAACAGUUGCUCCUACGGCAGCCUCACCUCUAGCAGUCUGACACAGAGCAGCUGUGCUGUCACCCAGCAGAUGUCCAACAUCAGCGGGAGCUGCAGCAUGCUGCAGCAGACCAGCAUCAGCUCCCCUCCAACCUGCAGCGUCAAGUCUCCCCAAGGCUGUGUGGUGGAGCGGCCGCCCAGCAGCAGCCAGCAGCUGGCUCAGUGCAGCAUGGCCGCCAACUUCACCCCACCCAUGCAGCUGGCCGACAUCCCCGAGACCAGCAACGCCAACAUCGGCCUAUACGAGCGAAUGGGCCAAAGUGAUUUUGGGGCUGGGCACUACCCACAGCCGUCCGCCACCUUCAGCCUUGCCAAGCUGCAGCAGCUAACUAAUACCCUUAUUGAUCAUUCAUUGCCUUACAGCCACUCCGCUGCCGCCACCUCCUAUGCAAAUAGUGCCUCUUUGUCCACACCAUUAAGUAACACAGGGCUUGUUCAGCUUUCACAGUCUCCACACUCCGUCCCUGGAGGACCCCAAGCACAAGCUACCAUGACCCCACCCCCUAACCUGACUCCUCCUCCCAUGAACCUGCCACCACCUCUCCUGCAGCGGAACAUGGCUGCAUCAAAUAUUGGCAUCUCCCACAGCCAAAGACUGCAAACUCAGAUCGCCAGCAAGGGCCCCGUCUCCAUGAGAACCAAGUCGGCAUCUCUGUCACCAGCCGCUGCCACCCAUCAGUCACAAAUCUAUGGGCGUUCCCAGACUGUGGCCAUGCAGGGUCCUGCACGGACUUUAACGAUGCAGAGAGGCAUGAACAUGAGUGUGAACCUGAUGCCAGCGCCAGCCUACAACGUCAACUCUGUGAACAUGAACAUGAACACUCUGAAUGCCAUGAAUGGGUACAGCAUGUCCCAGCCGAUGAUGAACAGUGGUUACCACAGCAACCAUGGCUACAUGAAUCAGACACCCCAGUACCCUAUGCAGAUGCAGAUGGGCAUGAUGGGCACCCAGCCAUACGCCCAGCAGCCAAUGCAGACCCCACCCCACAGUAACAUGAUGUACACGGCCCCCGGACACCACGGCUACAUGAACACGGGCAUGUCCAAACAGUCUCUCAACGGGUCCUACAUGAGAAGGUAGACAGCCUGGCAGCCCACUGAGCCCCUGGGCCCCACUCUUGGGUUGAUCUGCACAAAUACCCUUGAAAAGUACGAUUUCAAAACCAGCAUUGGUGUGAAUGCAAAAACACUUGUUGGCACCAUUUAUUUAAAAAAAAAAAAGAAAAAGAAAAAAAAAAGAAGCUGUAUGCAGCGGAAAGCCUUAUACAAGUCGUUUCUCUUUCCUCCUUUUCCUCUUUUGGUACCUUUAUUUCUGUUACUUUUAUAUAAAAUUCUCUGCAAAGGAAGGCCUCUCUUAGGACUCCAGUUGGCAGCAGCCACACGUUGUGCCUGCUUCCAUUAAACAGUGUGGAUACAAGCCCCUCCCCAGAUCACCUGUUUUAAUAUCGAACCUCGAGCUUUUUUCCUUCCUCGUCUAUUCCAUGUAAAUGCCUUUAGCAUUUCGAUUACUGUACAUUUUGUUUAAGGUGACCCUUCAGCAUGCCGCUAAUGUCUUGGUUAGUGACAGUGCAUUUUGUAGUACUGUACAAGUGUUGUGCUAACGGUAAGCCAUUUCUUAAGUUUUUUGCCUUGAUUAGGGUACCCUAAUUUGAGGGUUUUAAAAAAAAAAAAAACCUCUAUUUUUGUUAAUUAUAAAACUGUAAAGAGCUAUCAGAGCUAACCCCGUCGUUAGUCAAGGGGUUUAUUGCUAAAUGUUUGGUGUAAAGUUGAGAAGACCCUUUUCCAUUUUGGCGACAGGCUCCUUUGGGGAGAGGCAGCUUUCUGUUUUAUAAGCGCACACUUGUGUUUAUUGAAUGAGCAUAUCUCAGUGUUUGCCUGUCAGGUUCUGAAGCAUUUCAUACAUGUCGGAACACGCAGCAGGAUUCAAGGAACAGUGAGUGUGGUGUGAAGUCCCUAUUUUAUGGAGAUCUCUCUAACUUUACAUUUUCAUUCCAUCUGUAGAUUUUUCUAUCUUUAUAAAAUAUUGGAGUUAUUUUUUAAGGAAAAAUAGAAAAGUAGCUUGUGAAUAGCUCAAACCAAGCUUACACAUCGCCGCAUGUAAAAAGCAGGAAAGUUAUUUGUGUCUGUUUAUGUUGCUUCCUUUUGUAGCCUUUGUACCCUGGACGGGUGACAGUAAGGGCCGAGCAGGAGAGGCGCGACCUUGUACAAAACAGGAGCCAGCAGCACUCUUGUGUGUAUCUCGUUCUCUUUUUAGUCAGUUACUUCAAAAAAAAAAAAAAAGAAAGAAAGAAAGAAAAAACACAAAAAAGAAAAAAGCUGUACAUUUUAACAUAAAAUAAAUUAUGAUGAGCCACUUUA